AUGUCCUCGGAGGACUCGUACGCUGUACAGAGCGGCCGACAAUCCAGCGACGGUACACCGAGCGAGCAUGCCAAUAGCGACGGAAAUAACACAGCCAUGACCAGUAUCAUGGGUACCGAUGAGGAGCAUCACCACGAUGAUUCCGACCUCGAUGAAGAUGUUGACGAAGACGACAUGAUCUCCAUAUAUCCCGCUUCUCAAUACCCAAGGGUCUCUGCUUCACACCGUGUAGAGACACCAUUCACUCCAGAUUCCUAUGCGGUAGACUCAGACAUGGCUGCAUCGACACGAUCGUUGUGGGCGCAAGACCUUGACUACCGAGAAAUCCACGGCCGGCGCUACUGUCGCGAAUAUUAUAUGCCAAACGACGACAUCGAACAAUGGAGAAUGUCUCUUCAACACCAAGUAUUUAUGCACGUCCUAGACGGUGAACUCACUCUUGUCCCUCUCCAAAACCCCGAGCAUAUCCUCGAUAUCGGCACAGGAACAGGUGAAUGGGCAAUCAAAAUGGCCGAGUUGCAACCCCAGUGUGAAGUUGUUGGAACCGAUAUCGCUGCGAUAGCCGAGACUAAAAGCGUGCCCAUGAACGUCUUCUUCGAAAUUGAAGACGCCGAGGAUUGGGAUCGCCACCCCGAUAUGUACGACCUGAUUCACUUCCGGCUCAUGGAGGGCGCAUUUCGGAACUGGAGCUUCGUCUACGACAAUACCUUCUUUUCUCUCAAGCCUGGUGGUUGGAUUGAGGUUCAAGAUUUUGUGAGCGCUGAGGGCUUCGCACAAUUCUUGUCACAGUUCCCUGACAACUCUGCCAUGCACGAACUCCUUCGAGACCUCUUGAUUGCUUCGGAAAAGUCGGGGCGCCCACGAGGAAUACAUCAUCUCGAGCCACGGCUGCUCAUGGAGGCAGGCUUUGUCGACGUGCGGGUUACGGAAUACUCUAUUCCAAUUACCGUUGCCGAGGCGUCUGCUGGCAAGAUCUGGCUUAUUUCGUGUCUAGACAGCUUCGAGGCAUAUUGCCUGCGUUUGUUGACGGAGUACAUGGACUGGGACCCUGAAAAGUGCAAACAGGCUUGUGAAGCUGCUGCCCGAGACUUGGCAAACGCAGCCAAGGAUCCCGAGAAGUCGAAGGGCCUUCAGAUCAAGAUGCGCAUCAUCAUUGGCAGAAAGCCUCUCGAUGCGCCACCCACAGAUCUUGCAGAAUUUCUGGGGAGGAGUUACUCGCCAGUAACAGAAUUGAAUGGUGACAGUCCUGAUCCUACGCUCCGUCCAGAUGACCAAACAACUGCAGGUCUAAGCUGA